AUGGAGCGCGUUGAGUUGGAAAGCACGGAUGCUCCUACCCUCACAUUUGCUUCUGCACAAUUCAGGACACCACCUUUCUGGCCAGAGAAGCCUGCAAUAUGGUUUGCACAGGUGGAAAGUCAAUUUAAAUUAUUAUCGAUCACGGAUGACGCAACAAAAUUUUACCACAUUUUGGCGAACUUAGAUAGAAAUUACGCUGCCGAAGUCGAAGAUAUAAUAAUUGGUCCCCCGGAUUAUAAGCGUCUUAAAACCGAACUAAUUAAACGGUUAUCGGUGUCUCGAGAAAAUAAUGUUAAACAGCUGCUGACACACGAGCAGCUCGGCAAUCGCAAACCUUCUCAAUUUCUUCGGCACCUUCAACAUUUGGCUGGACCCAAUAUCCCCGAAGAUUUCAUUCGAACAAUUUGGACAAGUCGUUUGCCAACGGAGAUGCAACCAAUUAUCGCAUCUCAAUCAACGCUAACACUCGAUGCUAUAGCAGAGCUUGCGGACAGAAUACAUGACAUCGCGGCACCCACCCGCCAAGUAGCGGCAACAUCUUCUUCAACGCCUAUUGAACUGUUGACGAAACAAGUUGCUGAGUUGACCAGACAGGUCAGCGCUCUCACAGCUAAGGUCAAUCAGCGAUCACGAUCCAGAGAACGCGGCCGUGGUAACGGAAGACGACGUAGUCGAUCCCAAUCACGUAGGUCUGACUCGUGUCAUCGUCGGUACCCUCUUUGCUGGUACCACAGUAAAUACGGCGUCAAAGCUAGUAACUGCAUCAAGCCCUGCGACUUCACAUCGGGAAACGCUUCAAGCAAUCGGUAA